AGGACGGUCGGUCGGUUUGUUGGUCGUAAUCCGCGCGCUCGUGGAACAGUUCAUCUGGUUUUCGCGCGUCGACGAGUUGAUGAUGAGGAAACGAUCCAAGGCUUACAAAUAUUACAAAGCCCAGGUAUUGAACCUGUCCGCCUCCAGUUUAGAUUUCAAGGACGACGAGCAGAGCAGAUUAAAAAAGAUAUACACCAGAAUAAAAAUAUUCUUAUGGGGCAGACCGGACGAUCGGUACAAGAAGGUACAUCAAUCGAAAUUCUUAACCGUUCUUUACGCGUUGACCUUGAUGUUAUGCACAACUAACAUUAUUGGUUGGAUCAACCUGAGUUUAUCGUUCAACGCCAUGUGCGUUUUGAUUGUGGCUGCGGUAACGACUGUAGGAAUAUCCGCAGGGAUGGCGUUCACCUUUACCUUCCUCGCGAAAUACAGCAAUUCCAAUUACAUAAACGUGUGGAAUUUUCUGCCAAUAUUUCGAGGUAUCGGUUACUCGGUGAUGAUGUUCCAAUUGGGAAAGGUGGCGACGGAGGCAUGCGCCGGUGGUAUUUUCCUAAACAUGUUCAUAAACACGGUUUUCGAGAUUCCCUGGCCGCAUUGCAUGGCAGAGAAAGAAUGCAAGAACUAUAUCGAGAGUCAACCUGAGAGCAGAAACGACGUUCAGAAUCAAACUGAAAGCAAAUGCAUCAGAGGGUACGAGUUCAUGUUCAAGGCGAUGGAUUUUGGAUCGUUCAAGUAUUUGGAAACUGUUACCCAAGAUAAAUCGUACGCUUUGGCUUUCUUGCUGAGUAAACAUGUUUUCUCCACCACUUACUAUACAGUAAUCAUGUGGAUCAUGGUCAUUUUACCGGUGCUGGUUUCCUCGAAGAUAACGAAGUUGAUCAUGUACGUGUCGUUUGGUUACGCGAUCGGACUGUGCUUCGUCGUGUACACUUACAUCAUGUUGAAGUUUACGCCGGAUCCUGGCGCGAGCUGCAAGCAAUGA